UUUUUUUUACAAACUGUGUUGCAAACCAUUUUCUGCUGUAUUUGGACUACCAAGGUGAGUCUAAAUAUAGGAACAACAGUGAUGUCAGGAGGAUGAAUGCAGCAUGUGUCACUCAACAUGACAUGAACCAGCAUCUGUAAAUCUUGAUCACAAACACGUGAGUCAUUGGGUAGAUUCCCUGCCAUGGCUAACAGGAUUCCAGCUCAUUAAGUCUUAAGUGGUAAUCUGGAGAGUUGGGGGGUCAGAGCGGAGAGCGAGUCUGGAGUAAGAAGGCAGAAGAAGAAGAAGAGGCUGAAACUUGGACAGAUUAUUUACCUCUCUGAGAGACAUGAGCACCAUUGUAAAAUCAUGUAGAGAGUCCUCUGCAUUUUCUUUUUGUUUACUUUGAUUUGGUUGAAAGCUUUGGGGGAUUGUCUGGUUGCUGUGGAGGCCAUCUGGCUGGAGCUUUACCAGGAUUUUAUGCUGUGAGCCUUUGGCCAACUGUGGCCAACUGUGGCCACCUGCAGAGGACCUGAGGCCGUGCGUAUCCUGAGUUUGCCUCGUCAGAACAACACAACAUGCCCAAAGGAAAAAAGCAUAUAUUCACCUAUCAUCUGUCAGAGAAGUAGCAGCACUGUCAUUAUCUCCUGUCCUGUCCUGAGAGCUCCUGAGCAUCAUGGAGUCCAUGGUGAGGGUAAAGAAGUCAAUGAGGACGCCUAUGAGGAAGCUGACCAGCUGUGUGUCAGGGGUGAAGGAGAGGAGGUUGUGUGCUAGCCACAGGAACAAGAGGGGCAGAGGUGGGGGAGGAAGAUGCAACAGGUUGAGGAGGAGGUCCCCUCCUCUGCAAAAAGCUCACUACAAAGACUCGACAGUCAUCCGAUCGUACCAGACAGACCUGGAGAAGGAGAGAAGGCUGAGGGAAGAAAUGAAUGCUCAGAAGAAUGCAGAGAGAGCAGCUAUGAGAGCUCACUUCAGGAGUAAAUACAAACUGUCUGAGGACUCCAAGGACAAAAACCACCUGCGGUCUGUUGGAGGGAAAGUUUCCCUCUCCCACAAGCUGUCGAAGAUAAUUCACCCUGAAACCAAAACCAAGGACAACAGCUUCAACCUGCUGAAGUCUUUUCAAGGCCUCAGCUUGAGCAAAGCAUCGCUCACAGGGAGGAAACACAGCAAGACCUCCACUCCUACUCCUGCGGUUGGGGAUGCUUGUAAAGUCAUCCAACAGCGAGGACAACAACAUCACCAGGGGUGUCAAAACUCAGUUUGGAUCAUGAGGAGCAUGUUCAUCAGAGUGACUGUGUGUUUCAAAGCGCAGGGCGCAUGUGGGUCCAGGAAUCUUUGUGGUGUCGGUCUACAAAGAUCCUUUUGUAUGACCGCAGCAGGUACGGUGUUGGGUGGAAAGUCAGAGGGCAGAAAAGCAUCACCCAGUGCCGGAGUGAUUCAGAGAAGCGUGGAUGGACUGGUGAGGAGCUUUGAGGAGAUCCCUCACACGGGGCGGAGCGGCUGGAUCAACCUGGUGAAGUUCUGGAGGGAGAAUCGUUUCCAGCAGCUCCACAAGCACAUGGAGAAGACCUUCAUUGCACUCGGCCCCAUUUACAGGGAGCACCUGGGCACCCACAGCAGUGUGAACAUCAUGUUGCCGUCUGACAUCAGUGAACUAUUUCGCUUCGAGGGCCUGCACCCCCGGCGCAUGACCCUGCAGCCCUGGGCGACACACCGAGAAACACGAAAUCACAGCAAGGGAGUCUUUCUCAAGAACGGCGAGGAAUGGCGAUCUGACCGUCUACUGCUCAACAAAGAGGUGAUGAUGACUGCAUCCGUGAAGCGCUUUCUCCCCCUGCUUGAUGAGGUGGCGAGUGAUUUCUGUCGAAUGCUGCAGGCGAGAGUGGAGAGGGACGGGAGGGGCGAGAAGGGGACACGCAGCCUCACCAUGGAUCCCAGUCCUGACCUUUUCCGCUUUGCAUUGGAAGCCAGUUGUCAUGUGAUCUAUGGGGAGCGUAUUGGCCUCUUCUCCUCGUCUCCCUCAAUGGAGUCUCAGAAGUUUAUAUGGGCUGUGGAGCGAAUGCUGGCAACCACCCCUCCUCUCCUCUACCUGCCCCCUCGCCUGUUGCACCGCAUCGGCGCUCCCCUGUGGACACAGCAUGCCAAUGCAUGGGACCACAUCUUCAGCCAUGCGGAGGCAAGGAUCAAGAGGGGGUUCCAGAAGCUGUCAUCCACCCAGAGGAAAGGGUCUGAGGCUGGGGCAGUUGAAGGACAGUACACGGGGGUCCUGGGACAACUCCUGGAGAAAGGGCAGCUGUCUUCAGACCUCAUCAAAGCCAACAUCACUGAAUUGAUGGCCGGAGGGGUUGACACGACAGCUGUGCCCCUGCAGUUUGCUCUGUUUGAGCUCGGUCGUAACCCAGAGGUGCAGGAGAUGGUGAGGCAGGAGGUGAGGGCGUCAUGGUCCCAGGCCGGGGGUGAUCCUCAGAAAGCUCUGCAGGGGGCACCUUUACUGAAGGGCACAAUCAAAGAGAUUCUCAGGUUGUAUCCGGUGGGAACCACAGUGCAGCGUUAUCCUAUCAAAGAUAUCGUACUUCAAAACUACCACAUACCUGCCGGGACGAUGGUCCAGGCCUGUCUUUACCCCAUGGGAAGGAGUUCAGAGGUCUUUGAGGAUCCACUGCGCUUCAACCCCGGCCGAUGGGGCAGCAGCAGAGGGGAGGGCCAGAGCGUGGAGGGGGCAGGGUUUCGCUCUCUAGCGUUUGGGUUUGGGGCGAGGCAAUGUGUUGGACGGAGGAUUGCUGAGAAUGAGAUGCAGCUCUUGCUAAUGCAUAUCCUGCUGAGCUUCCAUCUCAGCGUGUCGUCCUCCGAGGACAUCAAAACCACAUGCACCCUCAUCCUCCAGCCUGAGACUCCGCCAAUGAUCACGUUCAGAAAGCUCUGAUGCACACACACACACACACACACACACACACACACACACACACACACACACACACACACACACACACACACACACACACACAC